AUGUCUCCUGCUGUGAAGAAAAACACAGAGCCUAAUCUUGACAUUAGCUUUCAAGACUAUCUGGUUCUCUCGAAGCUGGUUUUCGAUUGGGCUGAUAGCUAUGAUGCCAAGGACUGGGAUCGCCUUCGCAGCAUCAUCGCCCCUAAACUGACGGUCGACUACACUAAGAUUGGACUCAGAAGAUGGGAUGAUAUGCCCGCAGAUGAGUACAUGGCCAUGGUCACUCAUCCGGGUUUCCUAGGUGACGCUACAAUCAAGACACAGCACUUGCUUGGGCAGACUUGGUGGGAGAAGAUCUCUGACACUGAAGUCAUUGGUCACCACCAAUUGCGUGCCGCUCAUCAAGUGUAUACCGAUGUUGACUUGCAGGAGGUGAAGCUGCGAGGUCACUCGCAUGCUACCAAUGAGCAUUAUUACCGCAAGAUUGAUGGAGUUUGGAAGUUUGCCGGUCUCAAGCCCAAUGUGAGAUGGAAUGAGCUGCGCUUUGAGGAGGUUUUCAAGGGAUUGGAUUAG